AGCACCUCACUUGCUUACUAACCAUCCACACUUUAAUAUCCAAUUCAAGUUUACAUCUUCUUCUACACGCUAUGACAACAAUCACCCUCAACAACGGAACAACCAUCCCCCAGCUCGGUUUAGGAGUCUUCUUGACUCCACAGGAUGUUGCAAAACCUACCGUCUACUCCGCUUUGGACAUCGGAUAUAGACAUAUCGACUCGGCCCUGAAGUACGGAAAUGAGCAGCAGGUAUGUGAAGGAAUUGCUCAAUGGCUCAAGGACAAUAACCAGAGCCGGAAACUGGUUUUCUAUACCACGAAAAUCUGGAAUUCAGACCAUGGUUACCAAGCCUGUAAGAAGGCCAUUGAGGUAUGCUUGAAAAAUGCCAGUUCAAUCGGAUAUAUUGACUUGGUUUUAGUCCAUUCACCCUUGAGUAAUGCCGAAAAGCGUCAUGGAACUUGGUUGGCGUUACAAGAAGCAGUGGAUGCCGGAACUGUCAAAAAUAUCGGAGUUUCCAAUUACGGGGUGGCCCAUUUGCAAGAACUCUUGGCGUACUCGGACUUGAAGUACAAGCCCGUGAUCAAUCAGGUGGAAAUCCAUCCGUGGUUGACCCGUGAGGAGUUGGUGCAGUUUUGUCGGGAGAACGAGAUUGCAGUGGAAGCGUACUCUCCAUUGGCCAGAGGAAAGAACUUCGGAGACGAGUACAUUGUGCAGUUGAGCAAAAAGUAUAACGUUACAGAGGCCCAAAUCAUGAUUAAAUGGUCGUUGGCGAAGGGAUAUAUUCCCCUUCCAAAGACAGUUAAUCAGGAUAGGCUUGUGAGCAAUUUUGAUGUUUAUAGCUUUGAGCUUACUAAGGACGAAAUUGCCCAACUCGACGCAAAAGAUGUAUACGGUAUUACCGGCUGGGAUCCCACCAAGUUCCCAUUGGACGCCGAUGCCGAUGCCGAUUAGACCUGUUUAAUGUGGUACAUAAGUAAAUGUGGUACAUAGGUUAAUACUGUCUUGAAAUACACUUUCCAAAAACAACCGCGUACACCCACGUCUUGACACCUCUCUGACCCACACACCCUCGGCACUCUACAUAUCUGUCCCGUCGUAUACCCACACAUUUUCCUCCACACUCCUCUGCACGGCACGCCAUUUGCGCUCGCACUGUGGCUAUCUA